AUGUUUAACAACUACAAAUUGAAUUUAAAAGAAAACGAGCUUUAUGAAUAAUUCAAAGAUAAACUUUAAGAUAAUUUAAUACAAGAAUUCAUUCAACUAAUUGAAUAUUAUGAAUCAUAAAUUAAUCAACAUAUUCUUGAAUAAGAAAAGUUGUUAAAUUAGAUAAAUAAUUUGUAAUUGCAAACUCAAAAUAAAUUAGAUUAAGAAUUGGCAAAGUAUAAUCUAUUUCAUUAAUAUAAUAGCAAUUUUUUAUAAUAAAAAUAGAUAAAUUAGUUGUAAGAAUAAUUAUAGCAACAAAAUACAUAAAUUUCAUUUCUAAAUAAAUCAAUGAAAAAUGUAUACAUAGAACAAUUAGAUUUGUUUUCACCAAUCAAAGCACCUUCUCUCUCUCCUUAAAUUACAAGAACUUAAUGUAUUAUAUAAUAUUUAUAUUCAUUAGCCAUUAAUAAACAAGUUAAAAGAAAAUUAUUAAUGACAGAUAAAGAAAAUGAUAAUUAUGGAAAUUGUUACAGUAGUAUUAAAAAAGUAAGAUAAAAUGAAUAUUUUAUUGAUGAAUAAGACUUUCUUGUUUAUUUUAAGGAAUAAUGCAUGAAAGAAUUUUUAGAUAAAUAAAUUGAAAGGGAAUAAGAAUUAUUUUGUUUAUGGUAGAAUAUGUAAAAUUAGAGUUUAGAAAAAUGUCAAUAAUUAUAAUAAACAAUUGAUUAUGUUUGUUCUCAAAUGGAUGCAUAUAAAUAGUAAUAUUAUUAAGAUAUUAAUCUCUAUACUGAUGUACUAUAAUAAUUAGAGAUUAGAAUAUCAAAAUAUUAAAUUGCCUUUCAACACAUUCUCUAAAAUAAUUUAACUUAAAUUGAUCUUAAUAAUAUUAUUCAAUUAGCUAAAACUCUAAAUACAGAAUUUAAUAAUUUAAAUGAUUUAGAUAAAUUAAUUGAUCUACUUAUGGAAUUCAAUUAAACAAGCCAAAUAUUUAAUAUGAAUCUUUCAAACAAUUAAAAUAUAAAGAUUGAAAAUAUGCAAAACCAAAUUUAGGAAUUAGAAUAAUAAAAGAAAGAAUACAAUGAUAUUAAUGUACAAAGAUUAGAAUUAUUGGAAUUAAGUUAGUAAAUGAAUAACAAAAUUAUACAGUAAUCAAACUAGAUUGAAGAAAUGAAUCAGCAAAUAACAUCUCUUACUUAAUUAUUUGCUAAAUCCUUAUAAGAUUUAGAAAGAAUCUAAGGGGAAAAUGAAACACUUAGGAAAUCUCAUAAUUGUAAUACUAACUUUAGUAAUACUGUUACUACAAGAACAUAGGAAGGGAGUGUAAGUUUAAAAAAUCAUUUUAUUGCAAAUAGAUAUUCUACCUAUAUUCCUAGAGAAAGUUUUAGUUGCAAGAAUUCAUAUAGAAUUGAUCAAAGAUAAACUAAUUUUAGUUCAGAUUUUAAAAAAUAACAACCUAAUUAUGAACUUGAUGAUAUUUGUUCUUUAUUAGAUUAAUUAUUGAAUCAAGGAUAUUCAAAUAAUACUCUUGAUUUCAUUAAUAAUGUAAAUAAUUAAUAUUAUAAUUAUAGUUUCAAUGUUAAAGUGGAAAUUUUAAAAUUCAGAUGCUAUGGCAAAAAUUAAAAGAUUUCUUAGUGAUUGUUUACUAUUCUUAUAAUUAAUAAGAUGAUAUUUUUACUUCAUUAAAUUAAUUUAUUGUUGAUCUCAAAUUACCAAUCAACUAAUUUGAAUUGAUUAUUGAAGAUGGUUUAUAAAAUACUACUAGUAAAUUGGAAUCUAAUUCUAUUUUAUUAUGUUAAUUGUUACAUAGAUUGGUAUCUGAUAUUCAUGAUAUGAGAUUAUCAUAAACAUAUAUUUAUGAAUCUAAUAUAAAAGGAGAAUCUCAAAAAGAUUAUUCAUAAAAUAUAAUGCAAGAAUUAACUAAUCUAUCAAAAUAAUUAAUUCAUAUUUGUUAGGAGAAUGAUGAUAUUAUUGUCUUACAAAUUGAAAGGUAGGUUGAAAUAUAAGAAUAAUUAAAAUUAUAAAGAAAUAAAUAAUUAAGAGAUAUUUAAACUAGUACUUGUAAAAUAUUAAUGGAAUUAUUUAAAGAAUGGAAAUAAAAUUAUCUUAAUAUUUCAUAAAUUUUGUUAAUAUUAUGUAAAGGUUGGCAAUAAUUAUAAUAAUAAAGAUAAGAUAGAGUAUUAGAUGGAAUAUUGAAAAAUGUACAUGAUGAAAUAAAAUAAUUAUAAAAAUCCAAUUUAGGAUAAAUUAUUAGUUAAGAAUUGAAAACAUUUUCAUUUAUAUAUAAAUAAUGA